CUCAGAUGCGCGACUCCAUCGCACGCGUGUAUCCGCACUGGAAUGCAUCCAUUCCCUUAUACGGAUAUCUUCCGGGAAUGUAUGCUUUCGGACUGUGUGAAACCGACCAUUGCGCUGACGCGGAGAAAACAGCAAAGAAGGGCCUGGAGUUGAUUCCUAAGGACGGGUGGGCGACGCAUGCGUUGGCUCACGUCUAUGAGAUUCAAGGAAGGAGCCAGGAAGGCAUCUCGUUCCUGAGCAGAACUCUCGACAACUGGACGACAGCAAGCAGCGUAACUUCUGGCAUUGGGCCGUUUAUCACAUCGAGAGGUAAAUAUGUAAUCGACUGCCUUUAAAAUGAACGAGCCGCCUGUUCGCUAUAAGGAUUAGUCAACAUGUUGAGGUGAGUAUUUUAGCUAAUAUAUACUUAAUCAAAAUAAAAUAUAUUCGAUAAUUCUUGCCCGAUAGAAACUUUCCUAGCAUCGCCGCAGAUACGAAACUCGGACCGUAUGUGUACUGGCUGAGGAAAACCGAUUAGAUUAACAAUAACAAUAGUUUAAUAUUUUGUACGCAAUAUUAUGCGUCCGCAACUAAUGUAUUGUGCGCGGUGCCAUUUGAUGUCGAGAACCGCUUAGAUUAACACUAACUAUUUAGUUUAAUAUUUUGUAUGUAAUAUUAUCAGGAGUGUAUAACAUAGAGAUUAUGAUAACUCUCUAUACUGUACACUCGUGAUAUUAUACUUCCGUAAGUAACAUAUAUAUUGUUCGCGGUGAUAUUUGAUGUGUAGUAAAAAUGCGAAUAGGCGCACGUAACGCCCAUGCGGCGAUGCAUGGUGGCAGCGUGAUGGCAUGGUGGCGAUGUGUUGGCGGCAAUAUUUUGGACCAAGCGGAAGGAUAAGAACCACUGAAUUAUGAUGGGUUACGGAGUACAAUUUACCAUUAAUCAUUAUCACAUGUCGGUGAUC